CUGAUUCAUCGUCUAAUCUUCUAACUAGCCAGAUCCGUUAUGUGGAAUCGUGAACCGACUGCUCACGUGGCCUUACGCUAUUGCCUCAAGGUUAUUACCCGUCACGUGGCAUUUCUCUUAUCAAAUAGCACAAAACGUAACUGUACACCUGAUUCUUUCACUCUUUCCGAUCGUUGCUUCUCUUUGCUGGUAUUUACUUCUAGUACUCUCUCCCUCCUGCUCUAUUUGGCCGGCAAACAUAGAAAAACGACAAUUUGACACUAGCACUAAACCAGAAGCGAGAUAUGGCGAGUCUUUGUCAAUUGCCGGCAAUAAAUUCUUUCGCUCCUCACAUCACCAACAAGAAGCUCUGUUGUUACCCGUCCAAGCACUCUUGUGCAGUACCUCGACGAAUUUCGACCUCUCUCAGCUUCAAUCCUCUCAGAGUUUCGAUUAAGGGAAAUGAUAUGGUGAUGAAACAUCGAGGGGGUGGAGUUGGUGCUGUUUGUUACGCUGGGCCUAUCCCUGCUCAUAACCUCCAGUGGAUCUCCACCAUCUCCUCUGCGUUCGUUCGUCCCUCUUUCUUUAUGAAGCACAUUCUGGUUCUGAUGUUUGCCAACGGUACUGCAAUCCAUAAGUCUUUUAUUGUUCCUUUAUUAGCUCUGCAGGCACCAUCAAGCGUCAUUUCUUGGAUUAAGGGUGAUUAUGGCAUUUGGACGGCAUUCGUUGCACUUCUUUUCCGCCUCUUCUUCUUUGUUCCUGGGGAACUCGAGUUGCCGUUUGUGGCACUGCUUUUGGUACUUGUGGCUCCCCAUCAGGCAUUGAACCUGAGGGGAACACAAGAAGGUGCUAUUAUUGCCAUGGUGAUUGCAGGCUAUUUGGCUUUCCAGCAUUUUUCAAGAAUAGGCAACUUGCAAGGAGCAUUUGAGCAAGGUUCAAUUGUUGCCACCUUGGCCAUCAUUUGCAUCACUGUCAUCUCAUUCUUGUUCUUAAUCUUAACUUAGCAGGACAGUAGUGUGCCAAUUACUGAACUCAUACAAAAGGAUGGCAGAAUAAGAGAAUAAUCAUUAGUUAUGAUCGUUUACUCUCAUGUUAUGAAGAUGUUUUCUUUGAAAUAAACAAUAAAAUGUCUAGAAUUUAAACCUGUGUUAAUAAAUCGGGUAUAAUUGCUAAUGACCAGUAUACUAUUGCUUUUGAAUUA